AUGGUCUAUAAGUGUUGUGUGGCUGGUUGUAGCCAAAAAUAUAUUAAAGGCCUGAGUUUGUUCAAAGUUCCAUUUCAAGAUGCUAUACGGUCAAAAAAAUGGACGAAUGUGAUAGGGAUAAAUGAAACCAGAAAUAAAAAUUGCUUUGUUUGUGAAAAACAUUUUAAAAGUUGUGAUUUUGAUCACAAUGGAGUUGGUGUUAAUGUUAAAAGAUUGAAAUUCUCUGCGGUGCCCAGUUUGUUUUUACCGGUGAUUGAAAUAGUUAAUGAAGAAUAUGAGCAUAGACAUAACAAUAUGGAAUCGUCAUUUGAUUUUGAGGAAAUUGAAUUGAAGAAUGACAAUCUUACUAAUGAAAAUUUACCAUUGAACAGAAAUGAAAAUAAUGACAGUAUUUGUAAUGAAAAAUCACCAAUUAAAAUAAAUGACGCAACGCCAAAAACACUAUUUCCUCAAUCUUUGACUAGCUAUCAAGAAAUAUUGUGUGUUUAUUGCAAUAUAAGACAGAGCAUUUUGAAAACCAGAGAAUAUUAUUUAAAAAAACUAGCUGAAAUAAAAGAAGAAGAAAGUAAACUACCUUUAUCUUGUCUUUGCAAAAAUAAUGAAAAUAUCAAGUCAAAUAAACAAUUGAUGACACCUUUGGAUAAAAGAUGUAAUUACAAUUGUUCUACUCCAAGUCCAAAAUCACACGCGAGACGCGCCUUUAUCCUUGAUCAUUCAUAUACAUCAUCUCCUUCAAAGUUGAUUAAACACAAAAACUAA